AUGGCAUCCUCAUGGGUAAACUGGAUUUGCUUACUCUGGAGACGGACUUUAGUUCCCUCUCUCCUCGUGCUUUGGGUCACCUGUCUCGGAACACACGGAGGAGAGGAUGACGCUUUUAAUGCAGAGUCAUGGCUGCGGAUGUAUGGCUACCUACCUCAGGCCAGCAGACAGAUGUCCACCAUGCGGUCAGCUCACAUCCUUUCCAACGCCGUCAGCGACAUGCAGCGUUUCUACGGCCUGGCGGUCACCGGGGCCAUGGACCACGGCACGGUGACAGCCAUGCGGAGGCCGCGCUGUGGAGUCCCAGACAAGUUUGGGGGUCAGAUCAAGACCAACGUUCGGCGCAAACGUUAUGCACUCACUGGCCACAAAUGGAACAAGAGCCACCUCACCUACAGUAUACAGAACUACACACCAAAGAUCGGGGAGUACAACUCAUAUGAGGCCAUCCGUAGGGCCUUCAAGGUGUGGCAGAAGGUGACCCCGCUGACCUUCGAUGAGAUCCCCUACCAGGAGAUCAAAUAUGGCCGCAGGAAGGAGCCUGACAUCAUGAUCUUCUUUGCCUCGGGUUUCCACGGAGACAGCUCACCCUUCGAUGGCGAGGGCGGGUUCCUGGCCCACGCCUACUUCCCUGGUCCUGGUAUGGGUGGUGAUACUCACUUUGACUCUGAUGAGCCGUGGACCAUCGGCAAUGGGAACUUACAAGGUAAUGAUUUGUUCCUUGUUGCGGUACAUGAGCUGGGCCAUGCCCUGGGCCUGGAACACUCCAACAACCCAAUGGCCAUCAUGGCUCCUUUCUACCAGUGGAUGGAAACGGACGACUUUCAACUGCCCGAGGAUGACCUCAGGGGAAUACAACAGAUCUAUGGUCAGCCAGACGGUACACCCACCCAGGCUCUUCCCACUGUCACUCCUCGCCGGCCAGCCCAGCCAGACCCCAAACCCCCCAACUCUCCCCCAAGCACCCCCAACUCUCCUCCCAACCCUCCCCUAGAUCUCCCCUAACUCUCCCCCAAUGCCCCACCCCGGAGGCCAGACAAGCCCCGCACGACUGACCGCCCAGACCACUACGGCCCAAACAUCUGUGAAGGAAACUUCGACACGGUCACCAUGCUCAGGGGAGAGAUGUUUGUGUUCAAGGGUCGCUGGUUCUGGAGGGUGCGGAGGAACAGGGUCCUGGACAACUACCCAAUGCCCAUUGGUCACUUCUGGAGGGGACUGCCUGGGGACAUCGAUGCAGCCUACGAGAGACACGAUGGGAAAUUUGUCUUCUUUAAAGAGAAUAAGUACUGGUUGUUCAGGGAGGCAAACCUGGAGCCUGGUUACCCCCAGGAGCUGACAGACUACGGCAGGGACAUCCCCUAUGACAAGAUAGAGACAGCCAUCUGGUGGGAACCAUCAGGUUUCACAUACUUCUUCAAAGGAGACUGGUACUGGCGCUUUAACGAACAGUCCCGUGCGGUAGACAAGGACUACCCCAAGCCAAUCAGUGUGUGGGGCUCUGCGGUCCCGUCCUCUCCCAAGGGGGCUUUCCUCAGCGAUGAUGGAGCUUAUACAUAUUUCUACAAGGGAUCCAAAUACUGGAAGUUUGACAACCACAGGAUGAAGAGUGAGCCGGGCUACCCUAAAUCCAUCCUGAGGGACUUCAUGGGCUGCAGUGUGGACCUGGACCCAGACAGAGACAGGGACACCGACGCAGGCCGCAAGGUCCCCGAAGUGGAUCGCCCGCCCUUCAACCCUGACGCAGGCCGGGACAAGGAGAAGGACAAGGAGCGGGACAAGGAUCAGGACCGUACCAACGAUGUAGACUAUAAGGACGAGAGAGAAGAGGAGACCAACGAGGUAGACGUGGUGCUGAAGAUCGACGAGAGCGAGACGCGCACUAUGAACAUCAUCAUGGUGACAGUACCCCUGGUCCUGGUGCUGUGCAUCCUGGGACUGAUCUACGCCAUCAUCAACACACUGAAGAGGAAAGGAACUCCCAAACUUCUGGUCCACUGCAAACGCUCCAUGCAGGACUGGGUGUGACCUCUGACCCACUUAAUAACCCCCCCCCCCCCCCCACAACCUGAACCCUACCCUCAUUCCUCUAUCUUCUCAUCCAAAACAUGGUAGUAGAGACAUACGUGCAAAUACAUACACACACAUGACGCACGCGCACACACACACACACACACACACAGUAAACAUAAACACAUACACCUAACUCGUUCCCCUCCCAUGGUGCUCUACCCAAUGAGUUGACUGUAGUCUAUUUAUAUCAGAACGUUUGCACAUUGUUUUUUUGUUUUUGUUUGGUUCAUAUUGUGUGUGAGUCUUUUUUUCUAAACCAGGAAGUGUCUGCAUUAUUCUCUCUCUCUCUCUCUGCCCGUUACAGUGGGUUUCUCUGAGAUAACUUCCAUCUGGUUCUUGGAUUAGCCUUCGAAAGGAAAACAGAGACUUAACAGAGCGAUAGAGAGAGAGACUGCAGCACAGAAUGAAGGGAGUGAAGGAGGUUUGAUUCUGUGAAAAGCAGAGAGCCCCCCCCAUCCCUCUCCCACUCCUCCCUCCCACCUCCUCCCUCCCUCAGGACUCCUACAGCUGAAGCAGGCCUACUGCACGUCAGGUAUCAACAGGAGAGAGAUCAGUGUAAAUAGUGUCACUUUUUGAACUGCAACUCACCCAAUGCCUUUUGUCACUACACCUUCCAUGUUGAACAGCCACUAACUGAACUUUUGGUUUUCUCAUCUGUUUUUAAUUCAAGGGCACCAUGGAUGAUAUUGGAAAUCUUGUCCAUAUUUUAUAGACAACUUUCACAAACGUUUGGCUUAUUCAACCAAACAUGGUCCCGUGGUGCCUUUUUAAUUUCUAACCUUGUUUCGGUCCUAUUAACGGCGGCAAUGAGAGUUUGAGUUGUUAUGAUUAGGGAAGGGUUGGAAAAGAAAGGUGCUUCUUUCCUAUUUUUAUUAUUUUUUUAAGACAAAGGCAAUUCACUGUGAAAUGACUCUGUGUGGGACUUGGAGGAGCAGUUGAGGUGCUGAGGUAGGAGAGAGACUAGUAUUGAACGAAUAUCCACUGGGCAAAAACAUAUUGAAUCAAUGUUGUUUUCACAUCAUUUCAAUGUGAGGAUGUUGAAUCAAUGUGGAAAACUGAUUGGAUUUGCAAAAAGUCAACAACGUAAGGGAAUAAAAUUUUUAAACCAAACUUUUAACCUAAAUCCAACCCAGCUAGCACAUUUGGUUCCUUGGAGGUUGUGGGAACAGACGUUUUUGGUUAUCCAUUGGUUCUGGGAAAGAAGCCAAACAUUUCCUGAAUAGUAAAACGAAAUGUCUUUUAAACGUUCUGAGAAUGGAAGUGAACAUUUUGCCUGUUCUGGGAACGUUCAUUUGUAGGUUGCAGGGAGGUUGUGAGAACGUUUUACUAUGGUUCCCUGAAAGUUUUCCUGUGAGGUUUUAUUAAUGUUCUGAGGUGGAAAUUGUAGGUUAAUUUGAAGGUAAUUAAAUAAAGUUCUGGGAAUAAGACUUUUAAUACUACUGCUAUCUUAGGUUAACUGUUUUGAACUCCAAGCACAGAUAGGACACAUGGAAAUUCACCUUCUUAGGAACUUAUGAUAUUCUGCUCUCUCUCCAUGGACUUAUUAGCCCAUUGAUGCUGAGGACGGAAUGUAUGUUUUUAAAUAACAUUCUUAGAACGUUCUUUGAACGUUACUAAUGUUUUAUUGUGGGAUUUUAUGGAACCUUUUAUUAAUGUUUCUGAGAAGAUUACUUUAAAUAGAAAUUUGAGGAAACCUGCAGAAAACUUUAUGCUGAAGUACUGAAAUUCCCACGGAAGAACGUUGUUUCUUAACGUUCUCUGGACGUUCUGAGAACAUAGCUUUCAAUAGAACCAUGAGAAAACCUGUAGAAAAAAGUUAUUCUGAAGUACCGAAAAUCCCACAGAAGAACUUUGUUUCUUAACAUUCUCUGAACAAUUGGAGAACAUUACUUUAAAUAGAACCAUGAUGAAACAUAUAGGAAACAGUACUGACAUUCCAACCUAAGAAAUAUAAGGUUCUCAGAACUUUAUGAGCUAGCUGGGUACCCUGCACCAUUCCCAGAACAUUGUGGGAAGGUUUUAUGCAAAAUAACAAGAGGACAACCACGCUCUCACCAAGCUCAAAUAAAUGUGAUUCUCAGAACAUUAUGUGCUAGCUGGGAAUGACAUGCUGAAAUGUUUUGUUGAUUUCAUGUUGAAUUGAAGUUAGUUGACAACUCAACCAAAAUUAAAUCAAACUAGAGUUUGAAAUAACAUCUGUGCCCAGUAGAUAAGAGAUUGACUGACACUUUUCAUCUGAGAUAUACUUGGAACCAGCGAUACUUCAGCCUCCUGAAAUGUUUUAAUAAAUAUAAUUCAAGUAAUGCACCACACAAUGAGCCCUCUCUCUGUAAUACCCUACUCUCCUAGAUUUAAAUAGAUUGGAGGGCUUUCUCUCUCUCUCUCUCUCUCUCUCUCUCUCUCUCUCUCUCUCUCUCUCUCUCUCUCUCUCUCUCUCUCUCUCUCUCUCGCUCGCUCUGAGCUUGGUCUAGAGAAGUAUUCCUCUGAACAUACUCAGAAAAUGUCAGCACUUCCUCUCAUUUAAAAUAGCAGGUGUUUUAAAAUAUUGUUAACCUCCAGCCUAGAAUCUUAGGCCUUCUCUGUACCAAAGCAGGCUUCUUUUCAUUUUCUGAGAGGUCCAAACGGAGAGACAGACUUUACCAGAGAGGGAGAAGGGGAACGAGAGAGGGCAUGAGAGGCUAGAGAUCUACAUGGGGAGUUCAAAGACAGAAACCUUAUCUGUUAAGUGUUUUGGAAGGCUUACAGUCUGUUCCUCGAUUGUUUUGCCCAGAUGUUGGUGAUUGUUGGAGGGGGUUGGGGAGGCUGCAAGGCAGGCUGAGUGAGAGACCAGAGGUCCAUUCCUACAGCUGAGUAAGACAGUAGGGGGAGUGAGGGAGAGGAGCUCACUGCGGGGCUCUUCCUGUAAGGAUUAUUAUUGGCACUGUAUCCCAUGACCCACAUUCACUAGCUCCAGAGAAGGAACUGUGGAGUCUAUUCUCUGAUACCAAAGGGAAAUAGUAGCACGCAGUGUAUGUAACUUCUUUAUUUCUCACGUUGUUAUGUAUUCCCUAUGCUCUUGUCUUCGACCACAAAGGCGCAUGUACAGUAUGCAUACGUCUGGUAGAUUUACUAGCAGCCCAAAAGAUACUGAGAAAGGAUUUGCUGUAAGGUAGAGAUAAGUCAUUUUACACUCAGAUACCUGACAGCUUUCACUGUUUACCAUCCGUCAAACAGUAGUUGUGAUGAACAUGUCUGUCUGAGGCAUCGACGGGGGUGGGGUAGGUGCACUGAGGAUGCGUGAGAUGCUUCAAUAAUACCACUGAGAUGGGGGGGGGCAGUUAAAAGGGCCAUUAUAAAUAUUAUUGACAGCGGAGAGGAAUCACUGUCAUGAGAGGUCCUGCGUGUGUCAGUGAUGGAUCCCGUUCGAUGGGGUUGCUAGGAGACCGCCUCUGCCCAUUGCCCUCUCAUUGUGCUGCGAGGUUGAGAGGGGAGUUAAUCAGAGGUAAAAGCCUUCCCUCUCUCUUCUCCCCCCUGACUACCCCACCCGUCCCCAUCCACCCACCCAUCCUGUCCAAAUCAAUGGUAAAAUCACCAUCAGCAGGCCUAGAAGGUAUCUGGACAAACUCAAAAAAUGCUCACUCAUUGUCUGAGACCCAGUCCAUGCCUUACUCGCUCUCUCUUUAUCUGGGAUAGCUAGUGUCUUUGUGCCUGUAUGGAGUAGACUAUCACUGCGAGUCCCAGACCUUUGUGGCUGUUCGUGUUCCUAGUAUGUCUGUCUCUUAGUGUGGAUUUAGUUUCCAGCUGUUUCUCGCUGUGUCUGAGACGUCUCCCCAAUAAGACACUGUAGUCCCCAACGAUGCCUGCCUUAGAACUGGCUCGAGCAGAUGCAACGGAAAUGUGGGAAAUUUCACAAAGGAACUGCCUGCUUGAAGGCAACUUGAGCCUUUAUAAGAGCACUCUGGGAUUGAGUCCAAGACUGCUUUGUUUUUUUCCUUUUCUCUUUUGUUUUUCAUGAGAAUUGUUUGGAACACUACAGCAACGAAAAAUACAGCAACGAAAAAUACAGCAAUGAAAAAUACAGUUAUGAAAAAUACAGUUAAAAAUACAGCAAUGAAAAAUACAGUUAUGAAAAAUACAGUUAUGAAAAAUACAGUUAUGAAAAAUACAGUUAAGAAAAAUACAGUUAUGAAAUAUUAUGUCAGGGAUUGAUUGAGGUAUCAACACCCUCUGUGUGUAUGUGUUUGGUGUGAGUUUUUUCGAGUGCUAUUACUCUGUAGUCGCCUCUAGUAACUUUACUCUAGCCUUAUCACUACUUUCUCUCUCUGUUCAACACCACUCUACUCUUCUGCACUCGUCUGGUCUACUCUGCAGCCCGUCUAUGCCCUGCCUUGGCCCCAGGGGGACUGUAACAAUGGUCUCUCUCACAAAGUGCAGCAUUGUCCUCCAUGCUGUCAUUGCUCCGGCCCAGCAGGAAGGCAGGCUGAGCCCUAGGCCAGGAUCCGGAUGCUUCCUUCCUCCCACAAUCCCACUCUGUCCCUCCCCGCAGCUCUGUCAUGGCCAGGGAGGGAGCAGAGCAGCCAAGGCGGUCUGAUGUUUUAUAUCCAAGAUAGAGAGGAACCCAGCAGACUAUGUUGGUUCUAUAUAUUCCGUUAGUUGUUGUUUGUGGCCAGUGCAUUUCACAGGCAUCCUGUACAGUUGCUUCAUAUCGUGUCUCGCGGUUAACCACUAGCUUGACCAAAAUGGUUUUGUUAUUCAUUGCAAUCAACAACCACACAGGAUGCCAGACUGCUCUUUGUGGAGAAAAAGAGAGAUCUGUUAGAAAGAUGACACGAUGUCAAGAGAAAGGGGUUCAUUUUGAUCCCUGCGUUCGAUGUCUCAAUCCUCUGUUUGAUGUCUGUCAAGAUCCAGAGGUUGGCGGGGAAAAUGAUCGCUGCACUUCAGUUGAGUCGUCAACGUCUCGACUCCAGACACACACUCAGUGGGUGUGCAUCCCUAUCCCAGAGUGCAUCUCACCUUACUCACUCAGAUGAGCUUGAACGACUGAGACCACUACACGCUAUUAACUCUCAACUGACUUACGGUAGACUGCUCCUCCCAGGUCCUUAGAAAACCAGGCAACUAAAAGCCUACUAGGCUCUGGCAGCACAGCGUUACAUCUCACAAAUGUUUUAGAAACGUUACAGCAAUGUUGUGUGAAAGUUACUACCCGGGCAAUGCUUCAGUGAGUCGUUAUUUUAUUUUUAAACCUCACCACGGCUAUUAACAUUGAUGGGAUGAAAAUAAAAAAAGUUCAUUUUGUC